AUGCAAACCCUAGCUCUCCGAACAAUUUUAAGGAAGAGAAAGCGGCGAGGAGGAAGAAGAAGAAGAACAAGAGAGAAUGAAAAAGCCCAAAUCAAAGCAACAUCAGAACUCAAUCUACUAAACCUUCCUGAAGAAAUCCUUAUCGAAAUACUCUCAAGAUUACCUCUCAAAUCACUCCUCCAAUUCAAUCUCGUUUCCAAGCAAUGGCGUUCUUUGAUUCAAUCAGGUUCUGUGAAAAGCGUUGUUCCAAAACACAAGGUUCUCGUUUGUGGAAUGUUUUCAUCUCUUUACUCCAUCGAUGAAGAUUGUUGCGUGAAACGCGUUCCUAAACCAAACCAAAAAAACCCAUCUCAUGGUGAUGUUGAAAUCUUCGGUUCGUGUAAUGGGUUGAUUCUUAUUCGGGUUCACGAUGAUUUGUUCUUAUGGAAUCCGCUCACCAGGUGUUCGAAGAAAGUCCUGGGAUACAAGGACUUGCAUGAUGAGGACUACUAUAUUGUUUCUGGGCUUUGCUUUGAUUCCUUGAGUAAUGAGUACAAGGCUGUAAUGGCCCUUUCUCAUCUGACUCCUAGUUAUGGAGGUGAAUUUGCUGUGGUUGGUAAUUUCCAAAGCAAAACUUGGACCGAAGUUCACUUCCCAUACCGUUUCUCCAGUGUGAAUUCAGGGCCCGUGCUGAAUGAAAAUCUACAUUGGUUUGCCUCUAAGAAAAGUUCGGAUCACUUCCUCGCACCCCAUGAAAUCGUUUACUUCAAUCCGCGAAUGAACAAAUUCAAGAAGUUACCAAUGCCACAGCCUAAGAAUGGAGAUGGAGAUAUUCUAUUUGGUUUGGGAGUUUUGGAAGGAUGCCUUUGUAUGGUUCGUUGCUGUGAUGAGCAUCCAAGCCAUCAUGUGCGUAUUGUUGAGGUAUUGGCAAUGAAAGAAUAUGGUGAGCAAGAAUCUUGGAUUACUAUGUUCAUCUUAUCAAAUAUUCCCAAUAUAAAUAUUUAUGAUGAGCUAGUGCCAUUGUGUUCUGCAAAGAAUGGUGAAGUUCUAAUGAAAGUUGCCAUGGAUCAUAUACGAGCUUACAAUCCUAUUGACAACUCUCAAAGGAAAGUUAGAAUUCCAAACAAACGUAACUGUUUGAAUGCAAUUGUAUAUGAGGAAAGUUUAGUUACACCUCCUGACAACAAUUGGGAAGAGGAAGAGUUGAGAGGAAAAGCAACAUAUGUCGAAACAUGGCUUUCAGGCUCUUGGCAAAAAAUUAGGAAGGUAAGAGGUUAUUGGAAAUAUGGUGAGUCGAGCUUCAUAGAGGAAGAAUAUACAGAGUCAGAUUUGGAAGAGCUAUCCAUGUGA